AUGAGGUGUCCCUUUAUUGAGUCUAUAUACCUUGGUGAUUGUGGCAAGCUUGAGCAUUUCCCUGAAAUUGCUGGAAAGAUGGGAUCUUUAACAUGGAUGGAUGUAUCUCGCACUGCCAUCAAAGAAUUGCCUUCGUCAAUAGGAUAUCUCACUGGUCUUCAAACUUUACUUUUACUCGGAUGUGAAAACCUUACUACUCUGCCAUUCAGUAUUUAUGAGUUGCAGCAUCUAAAGGUUGUUUAUUUUCAUGGAUGCCCAAAUCUAGUCACAUUUCCAAGUAAGGCGACAUUUGAAUUAUCAUCGAGUGCAGAACCUGGUCCUUUGCUGCUUCCAACGAACUCAAACAGUUCACUUGACAACUGUGGCUCUUUAUUGCUUCCAAAACUGGAGGAGUUUGAUAUCAAAGGAGGCAAUUUAUCAGAAAUUAAUUUCCUUGGUACUCUUGACAGUGUGUCUACCUUAUUCAGACUUGAUCUAUCAGGAAGUAAUUUUGUUACUUUUUCGGUAAGCAUUACCACAUAUAUUAGCUUCAGGAUACUUGACUUGCAUGGCUGCAAAAGGCUUGAGGAAAUUCCAGAACUUCCACCAAAAGUAGGGUGGCUGGAUGCGAGUGGUUGCGUAUCAUUGGAAAGGUUUUCGAAAUUGUCAAACAUAAUGGAAUCUAAAGAGUUACAGAUGAUUUCUUGGAUUGACUUGUCCAAUUGCCGGGGACUGUUUGACAAUUUGGCUCGUAAUGGGGAAAAGAUGAAAAAUAGUUCAGUGAAUGAUCAGGCUUCCGCCUUCUCUGAUUUCCUUCUGAUGUCUUCUCAACAAUCUAAAUUCCAGGUCGUAUUUCCAGGAAAUGAAAUUCCAAAGUGGUUCAGCUGUCAUAAGGAUUUGGAGGAGCUUGGAUGA